GGAAGGAGAAAAGAAGACUGAAGUAUCUGUAUUGCAAUCAAACACCCAUAUCAUGGCUGACAUGGAGGAGAAAGCGUUUAUAUGCCUGGAAUGUGGAAAGAGUUUCACUUGGAGGGCUCAUCUGAAGCGACAUCAAAGGACUCACACGGGGGAGAAACCAUAUACAUGCAUGGAGUGCGGAAAGAGCUUCACUCGCAGUGGUAAUCUACGUUUACAUGAAAGGAUUCACACUGGGGAGAAACCCUAUACAUGCCCGGAGUGUGGAAAGAGCUUCUCUGAGAGUUCAGAUCUACAUAAACAUCAAAGGAUUCACACUGGGGAGAAACCCUAUAAAUGCCUGGAGUGUGGGCAGAGCUUCACUGAGAGUGGAAAUCUAUAUUCACAUCAAAGGACUCACACUGGGGAGAAACCCUGUACUUGCCUGGAGUGUGGGCAGAAUUUCACUCGUAGUUCAAGUCUACGUUCACAUCAAAGGAUUCACACUGGGGAGAAACCCUAUAACUGCCUGGAGUGUGGACAGAGCUUCACUGAGAGUGGAAGUCUACGUUCACAUCAAAGGAUUCACACUGGGGAGAAACCCUAUACAUGCCUGGAGUGUGGGCAGAGCUUCACUCAGAGUGGAAAUCUACGUUCACAUCAAAGGACUCACACUGGGGAGAAACCCUAUACAUGCCUGGAGUGCGGGCAGAGCUUCACUAAGAGUGGAAAUCUACGUACACAUCAAAGGACUCACACUGGGGAGAAACCCUAUACAUGCCUGGAGUGUGGAAAUAGCUUCACUCAGAAUUCAAACCUACGUAAACACCAAAGGACUCACACUGGGGAGAAAGCAUUUAUGUGCCUGGAAUGUGGGAAGAGUUUCACUUGGAGAUGUCAUCUGAAGCGACAUCAAAGGAUUCGCAUGGAGGAGAAACCCUAUACAUGCCUGGAGUGUGGGAAGAGCUUCACUAAGAGUGGUAGUCUACGUUCACAUGAAAGGAUUCACACUGGGGAGAAACCAUAUACAUGCCUGGAGUGUGGCAAGAGCUUUGCUCAUAGUUCAGAUCUACAUAAACAUCAAAGGACUCACACUGGGGAGAAACCCUAUGACUGCCUGGAGUGUGGAAAGAGUUUCACUGAGAGUGGAAGUCUACGUACACAUCAAAGGAUUCACACUGGGGAGAAACCCUAUUCAUGCCUGGAGUGUGGGCAGAGCUUUGCUCAUAGUUCAGAUCUACAUAAACAUCAAAGGAUUCACACUGGGGAGAAACCCUAUACAUGCCUGGAGUGUGGGCAGAGCUUUACUCAGAGUGGAAAUCUACGUACACAUCAAAGAAUUCACACUGGGGAAAAACCCUAUACAUGUCUGGAGUGUGGGCAGAGCUUCACUGAUAGUUCAAGACUACGUACACAUCAAAGGAUUCACACUGGGGAGAAAACCUAUACAUGCCUGGAGUGUGGACAGAGCUUCGCUCAGAGUGGAAGUCUACGUUCACAUCAAAGGACUCACACUGGGGAGAAACCCUAUACAUGCCUGGAGUGUGGAAAGAGCUUUGCUCAUAGUUCAGAUCUAUAUAAACAUCAAAGGACUCACACUGGGGAGAAACCCUAUACGUGCCUGGAGUGUGGGCAGAGCUUCACUGAGAGUGGAAGUCUACGUUCACAUCAAAGGAUUCAUACUGGGGAAAAACCCUAUACAUGCCUGGAGUGUGGGCAGAGCUUCACUACGAAUGGAAGUCUACGUUCACAUCAAAGGAUUCACACUGGGGAAAAACCCUAUACAUGCCUGGAGUGUGGAAAGAGCUUCACUGAGAGUGGAAAUCUACGUUCACAUCAAAGGAUUCACACUGGGGAGAAACCCUAUAAAUGCCUGGAGUGUGGAAAGAGCUUCACUGAGAGUGGAAAUCUACGUUCACAUCAACGGAUUCACACUGGGGAGAAACCCUAUAAAUGCCUGGAGUGUGGAAAGAGCUUCACUCAGAGUUUAGGUCUACAUUCACAUCAAAGGACUUAGACUGGGAGAGAAACCCUAUAAACACAUUGUGUGUGGAAAAAGCUUCUCUGGGAGUUGAAAUCUAUAUAGACAUAGAAUUCACAUUGGAGAGAACAGCGGUGUUUGACCCCAAAGAGAGUUUCCCAGAUAGAGCUUUCCAGACUUUUCAUGUUGGUGAAAUUCUUUUAAGAAAUACAUCCUUUUGUGACACAGUAAUUUAGUUUAACUAGCAAGCCAGAGGUUAAACCARCCCAUAUGAGACUUUCAGUAUAUAAUAUUAAUGGAGAGAGAGARGU